AUGGCUCCAAAAAAAGGCAAGAAGAAGGGAGGUAAGAAGCAAGAAAGUGCUGAAAUACUCCGUCUUCAACAGCUUCGCACCCAGGAAAAUGAAGCAGAAGAGAUUCAGAAACGUGAGAAUGAUCGACGUGACCGAGAGGAACAGGAGGAACGUAUUAUUUUGUGGAAAGAGGAAAACGUUCGCAUUAUUCGAGAGAAAGAUGGAAAGGUUAAAGAACUUAUGAUGAAAGUGGAGCAACUCACUACAUCUCUUCACGAUGAACGUGCUGCGUCAGAAAGCCAAGUGGAGCAACUUGUUCUCAUGAGAGAUUCUCUGUUAAACGAAGUAAGUUUGCUUCGAGUGGAGAUUGAGGAUAAGCAAAAAUUACUUUUGCAGGAACGACAAAAUGCAGAGUUGAAGCUUCGCAGUGUACGAGAAGAAGCUGAAAAGAAUAUCAGAGCUCUUGAAGAUGAGAUGGAGGAGCUGAGGACAGAGUUAAGCGUUACCAAGACAGAACAUGCAGAGUAUCGGGAAAGGAUGGAAAUAACAAUGGAUGCAAAGGAAGCAGAAAUACGGGAACAGGUGUCCAUGAUUGGGAAUCUUGAACGAGAGUUAGAAAAGGCACUUGCAAUGAACCAUUCUCUACAAGAAGUUGUAGAAUCCCGUGAAGCAGAUGACAGAAAAAAUGUUACUUUAAUGCAAAUGCUUAAUGCACAACUGGAUGAAAAUAAACGGCGAUAUGAAGAUCACCUAGAUGAGGAACGAAAACGUGCAAACAUGACAAAGGAAGAACUUUUGCAACUAGAGACGAAGUGUGCCCGUUUGCAAGAUGAGAUUGAGGCUCUUAAAAAGGAAAAUAUGGACAUUAAACUUGAAUCUGAUGGAGUAUUACGGGAAUAUAAGCUACAACUUGAGCAGGUUAAACACGAUUCUGAGUACCUUUCUUCUGAACUUCGAACAUUACAUGAGAAGAACGCCUUAGAGAGCGAGGCUACGCAGAAUGCCAAAGCCACUCUGGAGGAAGAAUUGCAGACAACGCUAGUGGAACUCGAGGCUAACCAAAAGCGAAUGGAAGAACUGGAAACUUUGCUGCGACGCAAGGAGCGAGAAAAUUUUGAUAAGAUUACUUUUUUGAAUGCCCAAAUCUCAAAUAACCGUACUGUUAUGUCGCAGUUACAACAGAAACUUCUUCACGAACGACAAUUACAUGAAACGGAACUCUCACGAACAACGGAUGAGGCAAAAGAAAAAGAAAAACAAUUGGACACGGUUCGACACACUUUUAUACAAAGCCAAGACGGUGCAAAGGAGCGGGAAGCUCAACUCCUUUCGGAAAUAGCAGCUCUUAAGGCAACGACAUUUCAUUUACAAGCCUCACUCAAGGAUCGGCAGAAUAAUCUUGAUAUCAUGACGGCAUCAAAGGAUGAGGAAAUUAAACGACUCUCCAAUCUCUUGGAUGCUCAUUUUAUUCCGCAUCGCAAAACUAUUGAAGAUGGAACCACAACGAACGAGGGGACUAUUGCAAUUUUAAGUGACAAGAUUGGUGAACUAACGAGGGAGAUUGAAUUGAAAGAUCAAGUGGCCCUAGAGAACGAAACACAUAUGAAGGCCCGUAUCGCGAACCAGGAAGAAAUGAUUGAGGCACUCCGAGAGGAUCUGCGGGUUGCAGAGGCCAGGCGACGUGAGGAGGUACGAUCUGUCGAAGAUGAAGUUUCACGAUUGAAGAAAACGCUUGAGAUUCACUUUAUUCCAUACGAGUUGUAG